UGCUGACUGUGUGUCUGCUUGUCUGUGCCAUGAUGGCACUGACCAGAGCUGCAGCUCUUCCAGGAGACAUGCCUGAGAAAACUCAAACAGCAGAGAGUCACCUGGUCAAGAGGUCCACGUCUUGUUCAGCUGGUUGGUCUCUGUUCAGUGGUCGCUGUUUCCGCUAUGUUCCAAAACCCAUGACUUGGGCUAAAGCUGAGAGAAACUGUCGGUCCAUGGGUGCAAAUCUGGCAUCGGUGCACAGCACACAGGACUACCAUAAAAUUCAGAACCUGAUACUGACCACCACUCAUCAGCAAAAAGAAACAUGGAUUGGAGGCUCUGAUGCACAAGAGGAGAAUAUUUGGUUUUGGAGUGAUGGCAGUCCUUUCCACUAUUCAAACUGGUGUCAUGGACAGCCGAGUCACUUUCACGGCAGGCAGCACUGUUUGCAAAUGAAUUAUGAAGGUCAAAAGUGCUGGGAUGAUGUGGAGUGUAACGUACAUCUCCCAUCUAUCUGUGUCAAGAAAGGCAGAUGAUUCCUGUCAGAAUCCACCAUACACAUUCAUAUGUGUUGGUGUUUAUCUUUGCA